AUGCAGAGCCAGGAAUGUGCCAUGCUGCUGUGCCACUCUCCCUCACUGAGGUUUGCAUUUUCCAAGGGAAAAGGUCAUUUUAUACCAUUUACUGGGUGUCCCUUGGGUUUGUCUGGGGCUCCCUGUGCUAGGCAUUUGCUCUUCCCCCCUGUUCCGGCCCUGGCUGAUGGCGUCACUCUCUUGCUCUCUCCAGUGGAGCCAGAGUUCAAGUAUGUUGGGAACAUGCAUGGGAACGAGGUGCUGGGCCGUGAGCUGCUGCUGCAGCUCUCUGAGUUCCUGUGUGAGGAGUACCGCCGGGGCAACGAGCGGAUCACGCGCCUCAUCCAUGACACGCGCAUCCACAUCAUGCCCUCCAUGAACCCCGACGGGUACGAAGUGGCUGCCAAGCAGGGCCCAGACAGCAACGGGUACUUGACAGGGAGGAACAAUGCCAAUGGAGUGGACUUGAACCGCAACUUCCCUGACCUCAACACACUCAUGUACUACAGCAGGGAAAUCAGCGGGCCAAAUCACCACAUCCCACUGCCUGACAACUGGAAAAGCCAGGUGGAGCCAGAGACAUUGGCUGUGAUCCAGUGGAUCAGCAGCUACAACUUUGUGCUCUCAGCCAAUCUGCACGGUGGAGCAGUGGUGGCAAAUUAUCCCUAUGACAAGUCCCAGGAUCAGCGGUUCAGGAGCCACCGGCGCACUGUCAACACGCCUACUCCUGAUGAUAAGUUAUUUCAGAAGCUGGCCAAGACCUACUCCUAUGCCCACAGCUGGAUGCACCGGGGCUGGAACUGUGGGGACUACUUUGCUGAUGGUAUCACAAAUGGGGCAUCCUGGUACUCGCUCAGCAAAGGCAUGCAGGACUUCAAUUACCUCUACACCAACUGCUUUGAAAUCACCCUGGAACUAAGCUGCAAUAAGUUUCCCCCUGAGGAGGACCUGGAGCGGCAGUGGAUGGCCAACCGGGAGGCCCUUGUUGCUUUCAUUGAAGAGGUUCACCAGGGCAUCAAAGGGAUGGUGUCAGAUGAGAACAACAAUGGCAUUGCAGGAGCAGUGAUUUCUGUCCAGGGAAUCAGCCAUGACAUCACCUCUGGUGAUAUGGGGGAUUAUUUCCGUCUGCUGCUGCCUGGCACUUACACUGUCACAGCCUCUGCAGAGGGGUACCAGCCCCUGACAGUGACAACAACAGUGGGCCCAGCUGCACCUUCAUUGGUGCAUUUCCAGCUCAAACAAGAAGUGGUGAGAAAGCCUGCAGAGCAUAAGGCCUCAGGCACACGCAUGAACAACAAAGCCCUUCAGAAGAAGGUUGUGCCGAGAGCCACUCGCCGGGGGACCCAAAGAUGAGGACAGCUCAUUUGGCUGAGAGCUGGAGAAGCCGUUUACACGAGGCCUGGCUGAUGACUCCAGCCAGUGAACUUUCCAACAGUCCAGCAUGAAACUAGCCCAAAUUAUUAGGUUAUUAAACAAGGAAGUAUUUAAUCCCUGA